GGGUGUAUGUGUGUGUGUGUGUGUCUCCGACAGGCUACAGCAACCCUCCCUAUUCUCUUGACGUCCUUUCCUCUGGUUCUCCUGUCAUACAUUUUGGGGGGAUGCCGUUUCAGCCCAAACUGUUGUAAUGAAUCAGCUGAAGAGGAAAUCGUUUGUUUUUCGUCCGCUGAUCACUGCCUAGCGGAGACUUUGAAGGAACUGCCUUUGACAACAUCAGGAGAGGGGAAACCGAGGAAAACGGUGGUUGAACAUCCGUCGAUGCUUUAUCCGCGAUUCGGGUGCUCUUUCGAUUAAUUUCGUGGGCCAAGACUGUCUUAUAAACUGUCUAGACAAAUAUUCGUGGGUAGAAGACUUGGUCCGGAACUCCACUUGGUUUUGGUGGAAGUGGUUGCCUUUAUGAGCAUCACCAACGUUUGCUAACCGGAAUCAAAAAUCUUUAUCAUCGACACGUCCACGGUCGGGGUGCGCACAAGCUAGCCUACCUGACGUUUUUUUGUUUCCCCAAUUGUUUUCCUCGCGGUUGUGACAUCGCUCGAGCUGAUUAUGGAACAGCGCCCCUUUUCCCUCUGAAGAUACACCCAUGAACGGUGUUGGGAAGGGUUGGGAGGGAUUGUUUCAAACAUUCAAUUGGAUGUCCACUGAAAUGGUGCGAUAGCGAGAAGACUGGGGAAGAAUGGGGUUGUCGAUUUAGUUGUUUCAUCCCCCCAAAAUUAGGGUCAAUCGGUGCCUCCUGUCGACAACAGUUUAACAUGAACAGAAUGUAGCGCGGAGGCUUGUAACCGACUUCCACACAUAGCCUACAAUCUUUGCAGUUUACCUUCUCCGUGACCAGCGCUGCCUUUUGACAGUGAACAUGAGAAUUGUCUGAGAAUCCAAGUCUGUCUACUCUCAACCCCGGUUUGGCCGGUUGGAUAAAAACGGGCAUCGAUUGCCUUGGAACACUGGCCGGAGCACCAUUGCUGACGGCCAAUGUCGACCGUUAUCUUGUCAAGAAUUUAAUAAAUUGAGAAAGCUAAACACGAUAAAUCAAGAUUCGCCAGGAUUGAACGGAGAACUCAGGGACAAUGUCUUCACGCUCAGCGGUGCCAGGGAACGAGCGGAACUCCGACCAUCAUACCUCUCUCUCAGCCAGCCGCUCCGAGAAGGGCACUGGUUGGUCGAGCCGGUCGCUGGGGGCGCGGUGUCGGAACUCCAUCGCCUCGUGUUCCGACGAGCUGCCUCACAUCGGGAACUACCGGCUUCUGAAGACCAUCGGGAAGGGCAACUUCGCCAAGGUCAAGCUGGCCCGCCACAUCCUGACCGGCCGUGAGGUUGCCAUCAAGAUCAUAGACAAGAGCCAGCUCAACCCUACCAGUCUGCAGAAGGUGAGGAGCAUGCGAAAGAAACGCUCACGUUGUGGGAUUGGUGUGCGUCACUCCUCUCACUCUCACCCCUCUCACUCCCUCUCACCCCUCUCACUCUCACCCCUCUCACUCUCACGCUCACCUCUCUCACUCCCACCCUCUCUCCCCUCCAGUCGCCAUCUACCUGGGCAUCAGAAAGCGCCCGAGCCCCGGGCCCCCCGAUGCGGCUGGGAUGUGAGGGUCCGCAGCCCGCGGGACCCUGCGGAGGUGGUGCUGGCGCUGCGGGAGGCAGCGCAGGGCUGCGGCUGCCAGGUGCACCUGGCCGGCCCCUUCCUGCUGUCCUGCACCCACGGGGCGGCCGGGGCGCGCGUGGCCUUCGAAGCGGAGGUGUGCCAGCUGCCAGGGGGCCCGGCGCGCUCCAGCGGGGUCCGCUUCAAACGCCUCUGGGGAGCGCCUCUGGCUUUCAGGGACAUUGCGACCAGAGUGUCCAAGGAGCUGGAACUCUGAGGGAGGGGCUUAGAGAGGGGCGGGGCUUGGGGAGGGACUAAGGGGGGGAGGGGCUUAGGGGUGGACGGAUGACCGGAGGAACAGGAGAAGGAGGAAGGCCAGACCAUAUGAGAGAACUGACAUUUUACGUCCACCCCUUCAGCUCCCCACCAACCUCAUUCGCCCCCCCCACACACACCCGCUUGUGUCGCUAGGGCGACGCUGAUAGAAAGCCACGGACGGAGACCUACUAGUGUGCAACCUUAAUCCCCGCGACUCGAGUACGAUCUGUGACCUCUGACCCCUGCUUAGACUCCGCCUCCUCGGACGCGACCUUUGAACCCACUGAUCUCCGACUGUUUAUUAUUAAUUUUUAACAUUAUUAUUUUGGAUAUUUCCAAAUGAAGAUGUUGUAUUUGUCAUGAUCACUCAAUUAUUUUUUUGUUGUUCAAUCCUUUUUGAGAGCUGCUAUUUAAAAAGGUUUUCAAAUUUGUGUUUUAUUAGUUUUUUUGUUGUUUCUUCCUUGAUUUAGAAAGAGCGAGGCCCCUUCAGUUCAGACCUCCGGCCUGUAGGGGGAGACAUGCAGAACUGCAGGCAACACUAACUGAAUGACGCUGGAAUGGAACGCCACAAUCCUUAGACCUCACUUCCUCCUCUCGUGUUGUACCUGCCAAUCCCAGCUGUUUGUUGAAUGCUUACCUAGUGUGUGUCUGUGAGUGUGUGUGUGUGUGUGUGCUAGUUGCAAAGAAGUGAACUGCCUGAAAUCGACGUCUGAAUGGGAUCAUGGUGGUGAUGAUGAUGAUGAUGAUGAAGAUGAUGGUGACUGCUUUUCUGAGCCACAUUCUCAUGUCUGUUUCAGACGUGAAGGUACUUGUUUACCUGGUCGCACUUUAGUUAUAGCAACACCACCUCCCACACAGGCCUCCAGCAGGUACACUGACUCCUGGGUCACAUGAUCACAGGCCUCCAGCAGGUACACUGACUCUUGGGUCACAUGAUCACAGGCCUCCAGCAGGUACACUGACUCCUGGGUCACAUGAUCACAGGCCUCCAGCAGGUACACUGACUCCUGGGUCACAUGAUCACAGGCCUCCAGCAGGUACACUGACUCCUGGGUCACAUGGGACUUCAACGGAUAUUCCAAGAUGGCCGUGCACCUGGUCGUACGUCUUCGUACCCAGACAAGGAGCUUCUUUCUCAACUUCACGCUAAAAUCCCGCCUGCGGCCAUUUUGAAAAAGAACAAAAGUUACUCACAGUCCGUAAAAAUACUUGAUGGUGUGAACCAGCCGUAAGAUUUUCUAAACUUGAUUUGUUGUAUAAGCUCAUAGUUUUUCUAGAAGGUGCUUGUCAGGUUCAGGAUGGUAAAUAUGAUGUUUCCACAGUCCCUGGAAAGCUUUCUGCCAUGUUCCAGGUUUACACACACACCUUCUCUCCCCUUGAGUCUGCCUGUGACAGGAAGCAAAGGUUUGUCUCGUAACAAACGUCCAAAUCUGAUUAUCUCCCACUUCUCCCAGAAGAAUUCCUGAUGACCAACCAGACUUGUGGAUCGGUAUGUGUGUGUGACGGUGUGUGUGUGUGUGUCACGGGGGUAUGUGUGUGUGACAGAGUGUGUGUCACAGGGGUAUGUGUGUGUGACAGGGUGUGGGGUGUUUUAGAAUGUGAUCCUGCAUCACCUCUUCUAUAAAUGACCACCAGUCGAAGGUCACGAAGCCUGUUAUAAAAAUCCUGUUAUAAAACCAGGCUGGCAGAGAGACAGACAAACUAGUCUAAACAAGCACUUGUCUCUCUAAACGGUUGUCGGCUUGUUUGUUAUUUCAUCUCUUAUGAUUGUCUUGUAAUAAUAGUAAACGUGAAGGUUUGACCAAGGAGGACAGAGGAGCAGACCCUGAAGGAUCCACAGCUCUGUCAUCUUCAGAUCUUUAGGAUCCACAGCUCUGUCAUCUUCAGAUCUUUAGGAUCCACAGCUCUGUCAUCUUCAGAUCUUUAGGAUCCACAGCUCUGUCAUCUUCAGAUCUUUAGGAUCCACAGCUCUGUCAUCUUCAGAUCUUUAGGAUCCACAGCUCUGUCAUCUUCAGAUCUUUAGGAUCCACAGCUUUGUUAUCUUCAGAUCUUUAGGAUCCACAGCUUUGUUAUCUUCAGAUCUUUCCCCUUUUCAGUUCAAGCGAAACGCUACGCAACCACCGAUGUCUUAAAAUGUGAAAUUUGAAAUUUAGGGCUAAUUUAUUCAUCUGUUCUGUCUAGAAGUAGGGCCACAUCAGCUCCCCUAGAUACAGCUGAACACUUCUGACUACAUUCUCAAAGAGUAGGAGACACUGUAGUGUGUGUGUGUGUGUGUAAGGUUGUGUGUGUGUGUGUGUGUGUAAGGUUGUGUGUGUGUGUGUAUCAGGGGGUAUCUUGAAAUGACCUGCAGUCCUGCAUGUCUCAACAAACAAUGUGUGAAGCAAAAAUAAAUUCUUCUUUCAAACUCUUUCAGAAACAA